AUGUUACCCGAGAAGAAGGUGUCAUUCUUUUACAGGAACACUUCCACGAAAGAGCGGGGGCAAGGUAUCGUUAUUCCAAACAUUCCCAAAGUUGUAGAUGAAAGGGCCCGCAUUCGACUGUUGUGUGACUAUGAAAAGUACGAGUCGGAGUUGUUCAAGCACCACCUUGGAACCCCCGAGACAACGCGGACGCUCGGCCUGAAGUUUGUCCCCGUAGACUUCGACAGACGGCUGCCGUCACGUGACGAACCAACCCUUGCCGAGCGCGAGUAUGAGGCCUCUAGGCGAUUUCGGAAGAAGAACAGGCAAUCCUCGUAUUCAGCCGCCAUCUCUGGACAGUCACCGCGGUAUGAAGCAGCAGACGCACAGCCCGCAGCAUUCACAUUAAACGAAGCUGCAAAUACAAGUUUAAUGCAACCCUCAACGGUGGCAUCGACAUCAGUUCCGCUGCCCGAGCAUGUCCUGCCACUGACUAUGAGUCGUAAUCGGUCGGUGCGCCCCACAAGGGCUCCUUCCAUACCAGUGCAUCCACCUUUGCCACCUGAAGCAACAGUGCUGGAAACAUCAGAAAAGAAGACAGCACCCGUAGCAGCACAGAAGAAAUUGUCUCCAACGCGACCACUACAGCAAACGUCGCAAGAAAAAGAAUCGAAGCCUCAACCUGAAAUGAAAAUGGAGACGAUAAGGCCAACAGUGCCGGAAAAACAGUUGCGCCCUGCUUCAUCAAGGAAAAGUGGUGCUGUUAGCGGUAGUUCAGGAGGACUGCCUCAGUCAAAAUCUGAGAAAGUGUUAAGUGCCGAACACUGUGCACAAUUACUUCGUGUCCUUCUUUGCACCCCGCCGGAGUAUAGCGAAUCAUUUAAAUUGGAUCUGCGUAACAUCGAUCUGAGGUGGAUGCAUGGGUCACGGUAUCCCAGCUCUUUUGUGACGUUGCAUACAUGGCAUCCCCCUGAAAACGGUGCCAGCGUCCCAUCCCUCAAUUCUCCACGCUCUGUUAUUGUAAUGCUGCAAAACGGCAUUGCCGUAGAUGACUUGGUGCCGCACACCACCAUUCACGAUGGUGCACUUCUUCCAACAGAUCCAGAGCUGCGUCAGUUGGUGAAACGCAUGCGCAUUGAGCGCAAACAACGAUGUCGUGAAAAUUUGCUUCAAACCCUGAGUGAGAAAUAUAUGGAGUUAUGCCGUAGCGUUAACCUGGCAGAUGUACUGAAGGCAUUUCGUAAUGACGGGAAGCGAAAUAUUGUGGUGGAGAUUCCGGCCUCCCUCAAAAUUGAUCACGAGCGGAGGCAACGCGCGCUGUUGAUGGAACGAAAUCGACUAGAGAAGCAAAUAAACUAUGCAAAGGACCUGCAUACGCGGCAACUGAUAGCGGAUGAGCGACAGCUGCGGGCGGAAGAGGAGGCGCAAGCAAGAAUUGAAGCGAAGAAGGCAGAGGAACGACUUGCACAUGAGCGGGCAGCGGAGCGUCUUGCGCUUCAGCGGCAAAAAAUUGCUGAGCGGGAGGCCUUUUACCGAAAGGUACUUCAGGAGCGCCAAGCACGGGCGGCGGAAAGACAGGCACGAUAUGUGGAGGCGCAACAGCAGAAGAUGGAGCACCGUCGCAAGGAGCAGCAGCGGCUUGCAGAGGAGCGCCACCUCCGCUUUGAGCGUGUGGCAGAGAGGCAGGAGAAGCAGAAGUUGAUGAUUCAGCAAAAACAUGAGGCGAAGGAGGAGAAACUGCAUCGUCUGCACGAGGAACAGGAACGGCGACGGGAGGAGUUGCAUGCAAAGAUCUUGGAGAGUGCGGCAAAGUCCAUGGGGCUGCGGGAGUUGGUACGGAAGCGGGCUGCGAUGCAUGAAGAGAAGGUGCGACAAUUAGCAGAGGAACAACAACAGAAGGUGGAGGAGCGUCUCGUGCGCUUUCGGCAGAGCUCCAAGGAGGCGCGUGCACGACGCGCGCUGGAGGAGGAAAAGAAGCGCACGCGCACGAAGGAGGUCCUCACUGCGGCUGCUGAAAAAAUCAAUAGCCUCAAGGAGGAGACUAUCAAGAAGCAGGAGAAGCACAAUAAGUUGUUUGAUGAAUUGCAGCACCAGCGAGAAGCGGAGUUGGUGACGCGGCAAGAGAGAGAACGCGAGGAUAUGGAGGCGAAAUCCUUUGCCGUGGUACGCAACAAGCGCGUGACGGAGUUUGCGAAGCUCGAGACGGUGCUGCAGCUUCUUUCCAAACGUGAGGCGGCGUUAUCACUUGAAAUGGAGCGUGCGGUGCUGCGGCAGGAGAUGUGCAAGGCCCGUGAGGCCAUGGUGGCGGAGCGACAGGCCUUGAAGGCGAAGGUUCAGCAGACGGAAAUCACGCUGUGA